AUGCCAAUCUACGCGUUCGGUGCCACGCCUGAAGGUCAUAUUCGCGCACCGACGCGGAUUUAUCCCGAGUCUGGGAACAAUGACGCCCGCGUAGCUUUCCACAGCUGGACACAUGCGAUUCUGCAAACGGACGAGGGCCUCCUAGAGCUGCCUGACACGCUGCUCUCUUCGACCAAAGCAGAGGUAGUAGGGACCGACAAGCCGCUAGCCCUCCUCGAGGGCGGAAAACUGGUUAUCCUCCCUUCCCCUUCAACCUCCAUCCACACAGAGUGGGAUGCCCUAGCGGUUACCGACGCCGGUCCAGCCCUGGGUGUGCGUGACGGCGAACUUUACGCUGUUCCCUGCCUCUCAUCCCACUCCGCAUCCGGUGUUAAGCUCGACCAUCCUCUCCUUCGGCCCCCACUUAAGGUGGUGGCGACCGAGAGCCGGGCGGCCGUGUUGAGUGCCGGCGAGGUGAUUGAGGCUGUGUGGGAUUGGCGCGAUCCGGGCGUGCCGAGGUUGGAAGUUGAGGAGGAGGAGGAGGAGGAAGAGGAGGAGGAAGAGGGCGAGGAGCAGGGGGCCGAAGACGAGGAAAGUCAGACGGGAGAAGAGGAAGACAGGACAGGAGCCGAAUCGCGCCCAAAAGAUGAAGCCGACAUCAACCUCGUCGAGGAUGACGACGACGACGACGACGACGAGGGCAUCACCGACCUCGCCCUCGGACCGGACUUUGAGCUGGUCAUCUCUUCCGGCGGGGUAUGGGCGCGCGGCAACAACGACUUUGGCCAGCUUGGGCAGGGCCACACGCGCGCGAUGGAGGGAUGGGUACGCGUUUCCGUACCUCCAGCACGGCGGGUAUUCGUGGGACGUUUCUCGGCCGUGGUCGAAUGCAUCGAGUAA